GUUCGUAUUUUAUACUAGAAUGAGCGUUAAGCUGUCGUGCCAUAUGAAUCUGGAGAAUUUUCCAAUGGAUCGCCAGGAAUGCUACAUAAAUGUGGAAUCUUUUUCUUAUACUACAGACGAUAUUCUUCUAAAAUGGACUGAAGGAAUAGCCGUUAAACUAGACAACACGGUCACGUUACCACAGUAUUCCGUAGAUGGCGUACAUUGGGAAGAAAAACUCGGAGAAUAUCUUACUGGAAACUAUGGUCAGGUUGAAGUGAAGUUUCGAUUGGUUCGUCGAAUUGGAUUCUACGUUCUACAGGCUUACAUACCCAGUCUGUUGCUUGUCGUGCUGUCUUGGUUGGCGCUAUGGAUGGAGAUUACGUCAGCGCCAGCACGUGUAUCCUUGGGUAUUACCACAGUGCUAGCUUUGGUUACCCAAGGCACAUGGAUGCGCAAUCAGUGCCUAAGAUAGCAUAUGUGACGGCUAUAGACGUGUGGCUCGUCAGUUGUCAAGUGUUCGUGUUUGCAACCUUAAUAGAAUUCGCCCUGGUAUAUUACAUGCACUCGUGGGAGCAAGGGCAAUAUCAAUUACAAAGAAUGAAAAGGGCGUCGCGAAAGGCUGUUAAAAGUGGUAUGACAGUGAAGGACAAUCCUUGGAGCAAUGGUUAUUUCCACGGUUCAAGGAUGCAAGGACCUUCGCAACGUGGCAGAGCAGUGUUGAAGAAACUGGGUUCCGGUUAAACCCAUCGAAAAGAAAAGACUUCAUGGACCGUGCCAUUAUGAUUGACCAUGUUUGUAGGGUCUUUUUCCCGGCUUCAUUUAUUACAUUCAACAUCGUCUACUGGUACAAGUAUCUAAUCCAG